GGACCCGUUUGGAUUGCACUUCGCUGAAUUGGUUCAGAAAAAGGCCUCCAUGGGUAGCAAAGAUGUUGAAGCGGUGCUUCAAGCAUGUCCACAUCCUCACCCGCCAGAGGUCACAACAAAGGUGUGGAUCGCGUCCGGUGCGCCAUGCCGUUUGAGGGGCGACAGGAUUUGAUGAAGCUCUUGCGAAGCGGCGAGGUCGAUGAGGAAGAUCUCCUGGAAUGCUUGAAGGAUGACGUGCGCGGCCGCGACCCCCUCGAGGAUAAGGCAGACCAUGCCGCACACCAGAAGGACAAGGAUUGGUGGACGCCGCUACAUUGGGCUGCACAGGAUGGCCAUGAGCGUUUAGCAGAGAAGUUGUUGGGUUUGCGGGUUAGUACCAAUGCUGCAGACGCCUGUGGCGCAACCCCUCUGAUGGUGGCUGCCUUCAAUGGCCGCACACGCAUCAUUGAGGCGCUGCUGAAGGAUCGUUCCACUGAUGUGCGACAGACCAACAAGUACCUCACCACAGCCCUUCACUAUGCGGCACAGCGUGGGCAUGCCGCCAGCAUUGAGCUCUUAGUGGAGUCAAAGGCAGAGGUCAAUGCCCUGGACCGUCACAGCGACACGCCGCUCUCUUGGGCCGCGCGCAGUGGACAUCUGGACGCCGUCAAAAAGCUCAUCGAGUACCGCGCCGAUCCCUUGCUGGACAACAACGCCAGUGAAGAUCCCAUCGAACUGGCGAAAGCCAAUGGACAUGAAGAAGUCGCCGAAGUCAUGGAGGCCUCAGUGGAUGACAAGGAGCAACUCGCCAUGUCUACUUAGCAGCACAUCUCCAGGUCUCAUGUUUCACAAAUGUGCCUUCUCGCCCAACGGCGAGAAGGGCCACCCAUCAUCCGAGACGAAAACGGCGGGGUGAACCUGUGGCACCUGUGGAUGUGAUGGAGAA